UCAUUAUUUCGUUCGUCCAAGUCUAUCAGAUACUGCAAUUCUUCAGCUGCAUUCGACAUUGGGCACCGUUACCAACGCCCCGUGGACUCAUGCUGCCUCGUCGCGAGAGAGAGGGCAGGAGCUCGUUAUACGAGGGGCCCGACGAAAUUGAAACGGAACGAGCCGAGGAUCUUCUGUUCACCGUCGUUUGAGGACGGCUCUCUUUCUCUCUCUCUCUCAUUCUUCGUCUCGUCCCUUGUACAGACCGAGUCCACUUCGUGAACAGCCGUUCGUGGCUCUGACGUGUAGUUAGUCCAAGAUGGCGAUGCCCAGUGAGUUGUCUCUCGAGGAAAUCCGUAAUUAUUUACUGGAAAACGGAGGUACGGCACGUAACCACGACCUGGUGAAGCAUUUCAGACGGUUCCUGACAGAUCCGGAGACGCGAGUCGAGGCGAGGAAUCGGUUCAAGGAGUAUGUCAAUACCUUGGCCACUAUAAAGAACGAGGAGGGCGAAAAGUUCUUGGUUCUGAAGAAGAAAUAUCGCCAACCCUUCUUAGACUUUUCAUCUCCUCAAAAAGUAGGAUCCCCUCUUGCCACUCCUGAUUUAGCUACUCCAGUUUCUCCAUUGCGAGAGCCUCCACCUUAUCGGCCACCACCCCCUGCACCUCUCAGCCCGUCAUCGAGUAAUUCGCAAACGAGCUUUGAGGAGCCUACGACACCAACUUCCGAACGCGAAGAUAGCCGAAAUGAUAAUUCGGAGGUCGGCACGUCGAUGUCAUCGCCACCUGUUCCACCGCGUCGCAAAAGUCAAGACAAGUUCAAGGUGGAAAACAAGGAAAACGUCGACAAGAAUAGAGGAAGUUUUUCAGAGGCUGCCAUAAAGGAAGAUGAAGCGACGAUGACGGCGAAUCACGCCUCAGCCGAACAGCUCAGCGUUCGCGAGAGGAUGCAACGCUUCAAUCGAAUGGCCAGCGAAACCGAUCUUCACGCCAGGCCUACCGACCCGACCACUCCCGUUAGAAAACGAGCGGAUAAGGGCGCCGACGAGGAUGACAGCGCUUCCGUUGCCUCGCAACUGGAUGGAAAAUCACGUGAGUGGCUGGUCAGAGCGGCGCAGGGGGACUAUCAGGCGCUGGCGAAGCUCGCAGGCGAGGAACCUCGUCUCACCAGAUUCAAGGAUCCGACUUCCGGCUAUACGGCUUUACACUGGGGCGCCAAACACGGCGACGAGAACAUCAUUAAAUUAAUAGCGGGCACCUACAGGGACUACAACAAGAGUAUCAAUGAGACCACGAAUGGGGGAUACACGCCGUUGCAUAUCGCCAUGCAAUUUGGCCACGAGAAUAUCUUCAAUCUCUUAGUUCAAGUAUACGGCGCGAAUCAGGACGUACGUGACUACAGUGGUAAAAAGGCAAGGCAAUAUCUGGUUUCGCAGGAAGCGGCGGUCAGCCAGGAUACGUUUCACAAAAUAAAAGCAAGGAAAAAGCAUGCAGAGAAAGAUCUUGGUUUCCUACGAAUUGGCUCAUUGAACGUUCGCGUGAAACGUACGACGGAAGCCUUCAGCCAAUUCUUGGGUGUGGCAACCAGCAGCACGGCUAACAGCAACAACGAGAAGAUUCACAAGUCAUGGGGGUCUGCAGAUAAUGUCCAGCUGGACCAGAAACUGAUGCCACCGCCAAAGUAUGGGCCUAUCAAAAAGCGUAAGAGCAGAAGGCCACAAGACUUUGCAUCGCCUCAGGAUCAACAGCACGCCACUAGUCAGCCGACUACCCCGUUGCUACAGGGCAAAGUUAGCCGACCGAACCGGGCUGUUCAACGUCGACCAACGUCCACGUCGUCCGUUAGCUCCGGUUCUAUCGCAUCCAACAUUCAGCAAAACGGCGACUCGGACUCUGACACGGCGUGCGGCUUCGACUCCGCGUGGCGAGGAUCCGCUCAACUCUAACUUAGCGUAAUUUAUCCUAGGCACUGUCGCGUACGCUUCUCCGAAUAUAUAAGGUGUAGAGAGGCAUUUAAUAAGAGUUUCAAAGACCGGCAAUUAUCUUUGGCAAUUUCUUCUUUUUUAUAUAUGACAUCGAUAGAAUAGAAACGAGGAUGUACUGAAUGAGUUUCUCAACUCAUAUUCGUAAUAUAAUGAUUUUUAUAUCUUUGAAAAAUUAUUUUUUAAUUCCUCGAGAUUUUUGGCUAUUCUGACUAUUGUUGUCAUAUGUAAUUAUCAUUUUGUAAUAUAAAAUAUUUAAUAUGAAAAGAUUGCGGAUUCUUUGAAUAUAGUUUACUUAUUAAAAUUUUAUCAGUGAUUUAAUUCUUGUUUCUUUCAAUAAAUUUAUGAAGUAAUAUGCUUUUUUAU